GCCCUCUCUAGGCCGGAGGGGAAGUGACGCUGUUGUUGGGAAGAUGGCGGCGAUGGUGACGAUUCCAUUUUCAACUUCGGCCUCCGCCACGGCCACUGCAGCAGCACUCGGGGAGGUGGAGGAUGAAGGUCUCCUGGCAUCGCUGUUCCGGGACCGCUUCCCGGAGGCCCAGUGGCGGGAGCGGCCCGAUGUGGGCCGCUACCUCCGAGAGUUGAGCGGCUCCGGGCUGGAGCGGCUGCGUCGCGAGCCCGAGCGCCUGGCGGAGGAGCGGGCCCAGCUGCUGCAGCAGACGCGCGACUUGGCCUUCGCCAACUACAAGACCUUCAUCCGCGGCGCCGAGUGCACCGAGCGCAUCCACCGCCUGUUUGGCGACGUGGAGGCAUCGCUCGGCCGCCUGCUCGACCGCUUGCCCAGCUUCCAGCAGAGUUGCAGGAACUUUGUGAAAGAGGCCGAGGAGAUCAGCUCAAACCGCCGGAUGAACACCCUGACUCUAAACCGGCACACAGAAAUCCUGGAAAUCUUAGAGAUCCCUCAGCUGAUGGACACCUGUGUCCGGAACAGCUAUUAUGAAGAGGCCCUGGAGCUUGCAGCCUACGUACGCCGACUGGAAAGGAAAUACUCCUCCAUCCCUGUCAUCCAGGGCAUUGUGAACGAAGUGCGCCGGUCCAUGCAGCUGAUGCUGAGCCAGCUGAUCCAGCAACUGAGGACCAACAUCCAGCUCCCCGCCUGCCUCCGCGUCAUUGGCUUCCUACGGCGCAUGGACAUCUUCACCGAGGCUGAGUUGAGGGUGAAGUUUCUUCAGGCCCGAGAUGCUUGGCUCCGUUCCAUCCUGACUGCCAUCCCGAACGAUGACCCCUAUUUCCACAUCACAAAAACCAUCGAGGCCUGCCGUGUUCAUCUGUUUGAUAUCAUCACCCAGUACCGUGCCAUCUUCUCAGACGAGGACCCAUUACUGUACCCUGCCAUGGGUGAGCACACCAUUAAUGAGAGUGCCAUCUUCCAUGGCUGGGUGCUGCAGAAAGUCUCACAAUUCCUGCAGGUGCUGGAAACCGACCUUCACCAGGGGAUAGGUGGCCGCCUGGACUCUCUGCUGGGCCAGUGCAUGUACUUUGGGCUGUCUUUCAGCCGGGUGGGGGCUGAUUUUCGGGGUCAGUUGGCUCCUGUUUUCCAGCGGGUGGCCAUCAGCACCUUCCAGAAAGUAAUUCAGGAGUCAGUGGAGAAGUUCCAAGAUGAAAUGAACUCCUACACCCUCAUCUCUGCUCCAGCCAUCCUGGGUAGCAGUAACCUGCCUGCUGCUGUGCCAGUCACUCAGCCAGGGACCCUGCAGCCGCCUAUGGUGCUUUUAGACUUCCCACCCCUUGCCUGCUUCCUCAACAACAUUCUGGUCGCCUUCAAUGAUCUGCGCCUCUGCUGCCCCGUUGCCCUGGUACAGGAUGUGACAGGGGCGCUGGAGGAUGCCCUUGCCAAGGUAACCAAAGUAAUCGUGGCCUUCCAUCGUGCUGAAGAAGCUGCCUUCAGCAGUGGGGAGCAAGAGCUCUUCUUCCAGUUCUGCACUGUCUUCCUGGAGGACCUCGUUCCUUAUUUAAAUCGCUGUCUCCAAGUCCUUUUUCCACCAGAUCAGAUAGCACAGGCCUUAGGCGUUCCUCCCUCUCAGCUCUCCAAGUACGGAAACCUUGGGCACGUGAACAUCGGCGUCGUUCAGGAGCCUCUAGCCUUUAUCCUGCCGAAGAAAGAUACGGUCUGCCUCGAUGACCAGGAGCCAGUGUCGGAGCUCCCAGCACCACCACCAGAACUCCCCUCGGAGGAGUCAAGCCUGGAGCCUGCCUCUCCGGCUUUCCCCGAGGAGGGGGCUUUCCCCGAGGAGGGGCAAGAGCAGGGUGAAUCAGCGGAGCCCCUGCAGGCCGAUGUGCCUAGUGCGGGCACUUAACUGGACUUUCCCGCUUCCAGAACCAGGCGCUGCGGGCAGGCCCUGGACAGCCAGGGAGCUACUGCAGCGCGCUGUUGGAAUGAGAGUUGCCUCAACUGGGAAAACGGGACAGUCCCCGGGGAGAGGCUGCAGAGGCAUUCAUGAGAGGAAAUUAAAGGGGAACCCUCUAGCCACUCAUGUAAAUGAUUGCUCAUACCAUUAAAAAAGUGUAAUUAAAUAAUAAAGCUGAUUGACGUCA